AUGGCAGACUCAUACGCGAACAGGAGGCAUCCCGCUUCGCUGCUCCCCUGCUCCGCUCACAACCCCCUGCUCAUCCACCUCGUUGGGAGGCGUGUCUCGAUUGACAUGAUCACCUACAUUGCCCGCCAAGCUGCAAAAGUCAUCCGAAUUGACGACGAGCAAGAUGGCCGUCCUCCACUCUCGCCGUCACCAACUUCGCAGAGUGUUCCCCCCACGCCGCCGCGAACUCCACUCAAGGUGACUUUCGCUGAUCAAGACGCAGAAUCCACUACCCCUUCGAACCCUCCUGUAUCGACUCUCAUUUCUCUUGAAAACUUCAUUCUUCAUCUCGUUAAGUGCUCUAAUGUCCAAGUCACCACGCUCCUUACCACGCUUGUCUAUCUCGACCGAUUGCGUACGAGACUCCCUUCCUUAGCGAAAGGCAUGCCAUGCACACGCCACCGCGUCUUCCUCGCCACGCUAAUUGUGACAGCCAAGUACCUCAACGACUCCUCUCCCAAGAACUCGCAUUGGGCGAAAUAUGCUGUUCUCUUUGAUGUCAACGAGGUCAAUCUCAUGGAGAAGCAGCUUCUUUAUCUCUUAGACUACGAUCUCCGCUUCUUUGAGCCCGAGGUCUGCGCUCUCUUUGCUCCGUUCAUGGUCGCACCGUCCCCAGGUGAAUACAGCAGUAGUAGCGCAAGAGCGUCGGCGGUCGACAGGGUGUCCAAAGCUGGCAAGGCCAGAGCACAAGCGCAACUCGCAACUCCAGCACCAAAAGGUGGGAAUCUGGCAGCUUCAAACAGCCAGAAAAGAGUACAGCUGCCGCUAACGCCGCCCCCGGUCGCAGGCGAGGAGAGAAGAGAACGGUUGAACGCCUACUCCACGCCGACCCCAUCAGGAAGCGGCAGUGGCGGCGGCGGGAUACUAACCACCGCCGUGCGAGGAAUCGCAAAACGUCUGUCGACGGCCCACCUCUCUGCCUCGUACUCCCGCGUGCCACAGCCAAUGUACAACAGCCUUUCGACGACGUCUACAGCAUCUUCCAGCUCCUCGUCCUCGUCAGAUGUUGCUUCUCUGAUCGAAGACACUGGGUCCUCGUCUUCUAGCUCUGAGGGAUGGACUAGCAAUGAGUCUGACGAUGAGACUGAGGAUCAACAACAGGUCCACGUCGUCGCGGCUUCGUCCUCGCACCUCGAGCUUCACGAAAAACUAUCAGUCGCUUCUAAACCCGGAGUGGGCGGGGUCAAGAAGCCGCUGAGGCUGCCAGGAACAGCACUCCCCCUGCACGUCAUCAAAGCCCAUGCUACCCAACGCGCACGCAACUCUAGCGACACAUCGUCCAUCCACACUGUCGUCGAUUCCCCGCGUCGUGGAAGCGGAAAGCGAGAGUCCUCUUCAUCAUCUUCCUCCUCGGUAACCAUUGCCGUCUCCCUCUCCGUAACUACCAUCUCUCAAACAGACUCUCCCAAGGGGUCAGGGAUGGGGUCUAGCGUGACUAUGCCCAUCAUCUCCUCCUCCUCCAGCAGCGCGGUCUGUACGCCCAACGGCAAUAGCUCGAACUACAAACCGAGGAGGGGUACGGCAAGAGUUCGUGCAGGGACACUGCUCCAACCCCCACCGCAGAGCUUGAGAGCGAGUGGUGUGGGCCGAGGUGCUGGGCGGGGUCCUGCUCAGGGUCCAGCUGGUGGUGGGUUCUUUACACGGAUGUGGGGCGCUGCUGCUGGAUCGCUCAAGCCGUCUGCGUCCUCUUCAGGUGGUUACGCGCAUCAUGCUGCUCAUGGACGACCGCCCUCAAGUGUGAUGAACUUGUCGGCUUGA